CCGCAUCGCAUCCCUCUUCGCGUGGUCCCUGCACUCUCCCUCUCCUUCUCUCUCUCUCUCUCUUCGACCAUCGCCAUUUUUGCGGCCGAGGAGGAGGAGGAGGAGGAGAAGAGGAGAGCGAUGCGAUGAGGGGCGCCAGGAAGAAGAAGAAGAUCGCGGCGGAGGUUGGCGCAGAGCACCACCAGAAGCAGAAGCCGCAGGAGGAGGAGGAGGAGGAGGAGGAGGACGACGACGACGAAGAGGAGGAAGAGGAGGAGGAGAAAGAAGAAGAGGAAGAAGAAGAAGAAGAAGAAGAAGAAGAAGAAGAGGAGGAGGAGGAGGAGGAGGAGGAGGAGGAGGAGGAGAAAGGAGAAGAGGAGGGUAAGGAGGAGGAGGAGGAUCGGGGAGCGCCGAAGCUCGAAGAUGGUUUCUACGAGAUCGAAGACAUCAGGAAGAAGAGGGUUCGCAAGGGCCAAACCCAGUACCUCAUCAAAUGGCGUGGAUGGCCGGAAUCGGCGAACACAUGGGAGCCCUACGACAACAUCGAGUCGUGCAAGGACAUGAUCGAGGCCUUCGAAGAGAGGUCGCGAUUCCCCAGAUCUUCCCGGAAGCGCCGGCGCAAGCGCGGGGCCCCGCACUUCAUCGCCAAGAAGAAGCGCUCCUCCUCCGCACCAGCUGCCGACAAAUCCCCCGCCGAGCAUCCAGCUUCGGUUGCCGUAGUCGACGGAGACGGCAGGGACAUGACGACCGAAGCUUGCAUUGCUGCCGGACGGGAGGAGGGCUUGGUAGGUGUAGAGACCAAUAAAGACACCAAUAAUAAGAAGAAAAGGAAGAAGAAGAAGAAGAAAAAGAAGAGUAACAAUAACGGAAAGAAGAAUUCAGCUGAUGAUGAGGCCGUAGCCAAUGGGCCUCCUCGAGAAGUUCGGGAGGAUGAGCAGAUGAGUAAGAGUGCAGUGCCUGCUGCCUCGGAGCAGGAGGGGCCGAAAUCUAUGCCGCAGGGAGUAAUCUCUAUUAGCUUACCCGGCCGUCAGGAGGAGGAGGGCCCCACCGAUGGAUUUUCGAAGAUCGAGAGCGCUCAGCCCGCGCUGUCCCAACAGGGCAAUCAAGUGACAGGUGCGAAGAGGAGGAAGUCCGGCUGUGUUAGAAGGUUCAAGGUGGAUUCGGUGCAGAACGGUGCGGAGAGAGGCGGGAGAGGUGAGAAGGCUGGGAAUGAAGAUGUCGAUUCCACUGAAGAUGACACCGGCGACAAGAACAAGCUGGAUGAGUGUAGUAACCAAGUUUCUAUCACCAAAAUCAUUAAGCCUGUGCGGUACUUCGCUUCCAUUACAAAUGACGUGCAAGAAGUGUCCAUAACAUUCAAGGCGCUCAGGUCUGAUGGGAAAGAAGUGCUGGUGGAUGACAAGGAACUGAAGGCCAAUUACCCGCUGGUGCUAAUUAACUUCUACGAGCAGCAUAUUCGGUAUAAUCCGAAUUCAUGAUGAAUUGGCGGAGCAAGUCGAGCAAAUCUGAUGCAGAAUCUGCGGGUCUCGUUGUACCCAUCAUAUUGCUUGCGGAGGCAAUUUUGUAGCAGGCAUUGUGUUUUCCCUUUUGAGUAGGACAACGCCCGCGUAUUAUUCGCCUGGGUAGCUUUUAUUUGAUCUUCUAAUUCGUCUGUUCUGCGGCUGUCGGAACAAUCUUCUCUGUGAAAAGUUCUUUGUAGUGAGUGGCUCACCUUGUUAUAGUAGUAUAGUUUGGGUACCAAGGCAACAAGAUGAGAUAAACUGAGUGCUGUAAUCUAUAUAUAUAUUUUUUUCCAAUUGUGACAUUUCUUGUAAAUCAUCUUUGGUCAUUCUAAUGGUCCCUAUGUCUGAAGGAUAAUGGACUGGUUAGCUUGUAAAUGCAAUUUACUUUGUUGCUAAA